AUGGCUGCAAAUUCUGCUCAGCCUAUGGGGAGCCUGCCCAGCGGACUGGGGAUAUGCACUACAGCCCCGGAUAUAUUUUACCUGCCUGAACUGGUGUUUGGUGGUUUGGUAUGGAUCCUGGUAGCAUCCACACAUGUGCAACCUGCAAACCCUCUGGGUUGGGUGAUGUUCGUCUCUGUCUUCUGCUUCGUCAUGACCUCCCUCUGGUUGAUCAUCUUUGCAGCGGGGGGUCACAAGAACAGCUCCGGCUGGGCUGCCGCUGACUUUGCUUACCACGGCCUGGCAGCGUUCUUCUACCUCAGUGCCGCUGUGAUCCUGGCUUACAUCACCAUCUUGUUCAGAUCACCCUCUAUCCCAUUUAGAAUCUAUCAGAUUGACAUCGCCGCUGUGGUGUUCGCCUACUUGGCCACGCUCUUCUACUUCAUACACGCCAUCCUGUCUGCCAUCAGGUGGAAAAACUUCUGA